ACUUACUUAUAAGGCUUAUUUUAAAUUUACAAAUAAUGCUGGUAAACUUUUGUGAUACAUGCUUACGAACAGACGUAAUUUGUAGUACUGUUUGUACCGAAGGUUAUGAAGCUUCUAAUCUUGUAAACAAUUCUGAUAAAGGUUUUUUAGCAUAUUCAUGCAUUAAACCUCCAGUAACUAUAGAUUUUAUUUUUAUUAGUAACAUUCAAAUAAGUCAUGUUAUUGUUUGGCCACAAGUAGGAGCACAAAAAUCAUGUGGUUUUCAGUUAUCUGUUAAAUCAUCGGAUACAAGUAAUGAACCAUUCACUGUUAUUUCUACUGCAUUCUUGCAGAAAGGAGAAACAGGUAUAUCGUUUCAUCAAAGAGAGAUUUCAUGUAACGUAGAUAUGUCUGCACCUAUUAAUUUUGUUAAGCAUUCUAUAAAGUCGAUGAAUAUUACAAACUAUGCAAGUAUUUUACGUCUUAAUAUUUUAAAAACUGAAAAUUCCGUACCAGCAUUAGGUAAAGUUGAAAUUUGGGGAAGAGUUUCACCUAAAUGUGGGAAAGAUAUAGCUAUGAAUGUUAUGGCACUAUGGAUGAAUCGAUUUAAUGAUUUAACUGUUUCUAAAACUGCUACUACCUCUAUUGAAAAUAAUCAAAGACAGAAAAAAGAAAGAGAACAAGUAAGCAGUUCACUAAAUGUACCGGAAGAAUUUUUAGAUCCAAUUACUUUUGAAAUAAUGACUCAACCUAUUAUUUUACCAAGUGGUAAAAUUAUAGAUCAAAAAACACUAGAAAAGUAUGGUUACAAUGAAGCUACAUGGGGCAGACCCGUUUCAGAUCCAUUUACAGGCAUUCAUUUUAAUAAUGUUCAUAAACCAAUAGCUGCUCUUCCUUUGAAGGCACGAAUUGAUAAAUUCCUUCUUGAAAAUAGUAAUGAUGCAGAGAUAAAAAAAUUACCUAGAGUAUUAGGUGCAAAUAUAUCACAAUUGAAUAAUGUGAAAAAUGUAAAUGUAAUAUCUUGUGUACCUAAAAGUCGUACAGACAAUGUAUGUACUGUGAAUAAUAAUGGUAAACAACUGAAAAGAACUUUUCCAAAAGAAGAAACUAGUUCAUAUUAUAAUUCAAAAAAAUCUUUUCAUGGACAUUCUUUACCAGUAGUGUCUAUUAAAAACUCUAAUCCAAGUAAUAAUUUAACCGAAAAACCACUAGUCAAUAUGACUGCCUUCAAAAAUAAAAUUUUGACUAAAGAAGAAAUUUCUAAAAAGAAUGCAAUCAUUGAACAUAAAUUAAAUACAAAUAUUCAAGUUGCUAGUAUGCCAACUUGUAAAUGUUGUACAGAAAAAAUUUUUUACAAAUUACCUUGUGAACAUAUUAUAUGUAGAAAAGCUUUGUUAUCACUUAAAAAAAAUCAAUGUACUAAUUGUAAAUUAGAAUUUAAAACAUGCGAUCCUCAAAGAUUUCAUUUAUGUAAUUGA